AUGACUCAAACUGUUUUAGUUUCCGGAGCCUCUGGUUUCAUAGCGUUGCACACCGUCAAACACUUAUUGGAGAAAGGAUACUCCGUGGUGGGAUCCGUCAGAUCGACCGAAAAGGGUGAAAACCUCAAGAAAUUGUUGGGGAGCGACAAGUUUUCCUACGAAAUUGUCAAGGACAUUGUUGAACCCGGUGCAUUUGAUGAUUUUGUGAAGAAACAUCCAGAAGCCACAGUUUUUCUCCAUACUGCUUCACCAUUCCACUUCAAUGUCACUGACGUUAAGAAGGACCUUUUAGAACCUGCUGUGAACGGAACUAGAAAUGCAUUGUCUGCAGUGAAAAAGUUUGGCCCUCAGAUCAAGAGAGUUGUUGUGACCUCCUCAUAUGCGGCAAUCAUGUCAACCUUGGAUCCUAGCCAGGCUGGAUCAUCAGUUGUUGAAAAUGAAGAAACCUGGAACCCAUUGACAUGGGAAGGUUCUUUAGAAAAUGCUCUUGUUGGUUAUUGUGGAUCUAAAAAGUUUGCUGAAAAGGCUGCUUGGGACUUUGUGGAACAAGAGAAACCAAACUUUGUCUUGUCUACUGUCAACCCAGUGUAUGUUUUCGGCCCACAAGCGUUUGAUGCGCUAGUGACAGAUAGCUUAAACACCUCUGCUGAAGUAAUCAACGGUGUGUUGAAAGCCAAGGGAAGCGACGCAGAAAUCCCUAAAGUAAAUGCCUUUGCAGUCGAUGUCCGUGACGUCGCAGAUGCUCACAUUGUGGCCUUUGAAAAGAACGAAGCAAAGGGUAAAAGAUUGUUGCUUAGUGCCGGACCUUUCACACAACAGACCAUUUUGGAUGUCUUGCACAAAGAUUUUCCAGACAAAACCAAGGCUAUUCCUGCUGGAAACCCAGGAGAAGAUAAAGAAGCUAUCAAGAAUUUCCUCACUUUGGACAACUCUUGGACAAAGAGCGUUUUGGGCUUCAAGUUGAAGACCGUCGAGGAGAGUAUCCACGAUACCGUCGCACAAAUCUUCAAGCUCAAGGGUUGA